AACACAUCACCAGAUUAUUAAAGGAUAUGAUGAAGGACACAGAGGAGCAGCCAGAUGAAGAGACACAUGGGAAUUUAAAACACAUACACUGUCCUCCUGUUGAGUCUGCUCAGAGCUAGGCUUUGAGAAGGGAGCUGUCGUGUCUGCAGCCCAGCUCGUCACCAACCGUGAGCCCUCGAUCCGUCCUCGUCAACUGUCUACAGGCUUCGUGUGUCCAGUACCGGUUAGUGGUCCGGGAUGUGGACACCCUUCAGAUCCUUCAGCUGUACACGUGCCUCGACCAGAUCCAGCACGUGGAAUGGUCGGCCGACUCCCGCUUCAUCCUGUGUGCCAUGUACAAACGGGGAUUGGUGCAGGUGUGGUCUUUGGAACAGCCAGAAUGGCACUGCAAGAUAGACGAGGGGUCGGCAGGCCUGGUGGCUUCCUGCUGGAGCCCAGACGGGCGCCACGUUCUCAACACGACUGAGUUUCACCUGCGGAUCACCGUCUGGUCGCUGUGCACGAAAUCUGUGUCUUACAUUAAAUACCCCAAAGCCUGUCAGCAGGGAAUCUCCUUUUCCAGGGACGGCCGCUACCUGGCCUUGGCCGAGAGGCGGGACUGCAAGGACUACGUGAGCAUCUUCGUCUGCAGCGACUGGCAGCUGCUGCGGCACUUUGAUGCUGACACCCAGGACCUCGCGGGCAUCGAGUGGGCCCCGAACGGCUGUGUGCUGGCCGCGUGGGACACCUGUCUGGAGUAUAAGAUUCUGCUCUACUCCCUGGACGGCCGGCUGUUGUCAGCGUACUGUGCUUACGAGUGGUCCCUGGGCAUCAAGUCCGUGGCCUGGAGCCCCAGCAGUCAGUUCCUGGCGGUCGGGAGCUACGACGGGAAGGUGCGCGUUCUGAAUCACGUGACGUGGAAGGUGAUCACAGAGUUUGGGCAUCCUGCAACCAUUAGUGACCCCAAAAUAGUGGUGUACAAGGAAGCCGAGAAGAGCCUGCAGCGGGCGCUGGGCCGCCCUGCCUGCCCCCCGCCCAGGGCCGCUGAGAGCAAAUAUGAGAUCGCCUCGGUGCCAGUGUCCUUACAGACUGUGAAACCCGCUGCCGACAGAGCCAACCCGAGAGUCGGCGUGGGGGCACUGGCCUUCAGUUCGGACAACUACUUCCUGGCCACGCGGAAUGACAACGUCCCGAACGCCGUCUGGAUCUGGGACAUACAGAAGCUGAGACUGUUCGCAGUGCUCGAGCAGCUGUCCCCUGUGCGUGCCUUCCAGUGGGACCCACAGCAGCCCCGCCUGGCCAUCUGCACGGGAGGCAGCAAGGUGUACGUGUGGUCGCCGGCGGGCUGCGUGUCGGUGCAGGUGCCUGGGGAAGGUGACUUUCAGGUGCUUUCUCUGUGCUGGCAUUUAAAUGGGGACUCACUGGCCCUCCUCAGCAAGGACCACUUCUGCCUGUGUUUCCUGGAGACAGAGGCUGGGGUUCACACAGCCUUCCGACCGCCGGACCACUGCACGUAGGAUGUGUGUCAGCCACCCGUGUGAAGUGGAAGGACACUCGGCACGUGUCCGCUGUGGGGAAGGAAAGGGCUUCUGGGGGCAGCUCCCACCACAGCGGUCUAACUGCCAUGACUGAUUUGUCUAUAGCAACGCCUGUUGUAAAUAUGUAUGGUAUACUGUAAUUUUUAUUAUUUAAAAUAAAUAUUUACUGAUUUA